AUGGCUGUUAUAAAAUACAUUAUAAAUGCUUUGUUAUUCAUUUUGGCCUCUGCAGCUAUGGACUGGGAGAAGUCAUUGAACCGAUCCGGGGGGGACUCUUCUACUCCAGCCUCUUCUUCAUCUCCAUCUAUGUCUGACUCUUCGUCCUGCUGCAACUCCUCUCAUCCCCUCUUCUUGACCUCCCCAUUCUCGGCCCCUUCCUUUUCUGGCCUGGACCUCCUGUACGACCUGAAGCUCGUCUUCAUCCCUCUCUACUCGGCCGUGGUCCUGGUUGCCUGCUCUGGCAACCUCCUCUUGCUCUUUCUCAUUUGGCACAACAAGAAAAGACACAACACCACAAACUUCCUCAUCAGCAACCUGGCGCUCGUCGACCUGGUCAUGUGCAUCUUCUGCGUCCCUUUGACUGCAUCCUAUGCUUUUGACCAGCGUGGAUGGGUAUUUGGUCCCCACAUGUGUCAUUUUGUUACUGUCAUGCAGUCUGCAGCCGUCUACGCAGCAGUCCUGUCCCUCAUGGCCAUUGCAGUGGAUCGUUACGUGGUUGUGGCCUAUCCCAUCCGCAAAAGAGCAGGGUGCCAGUUCUGCUGUGGUCUGGUGGCCCUGAUCUGGCUGUCCUCUCUGGCUUUAUCCACACCUACAGCCCUACACACUGUCUACCUGGACCUGCAGGCGGCAGGGCUGCAGAUGGCUGUGUGUGAGGAGUUCUGGGAUGGCCAGGAGCGAGGCCGCCUCAUCUACUCCUGUUUCAUUCUCUUCUUCUCCUACUUUCUCCCACUGGCUGCGGUCUCCAUUUCCUACUGUGCUAUAUCCUAUCAGUUGAAGCAGAGGACCACGUCGGGCUUGACGGCAUGUCCAGAGUUGAGAUCUGCAAGGGCUGCAUGGGGCAGACGGAGGAGGAAGACCUUUUGCUUGCUGCUGGUGUCCGUCCUCUGUUUUGCCUUCUCGUGGCUCCCCUUACAGGUGGUGAAUCUGAUCCGUGACCUGGACACAGACUUCUCCAUCUUAGGGAAGAAUUACGUGAACAUCAUCCAGGUGUCGAGUCACCUGUUCGCCAUGAGCUCCGCCUGCUAUAAUCCUUUUAUUUACGCCUCAUUGCACGACAAGUUCCUCUCCUGCCUGUGUCACCACUUCCUGUCCCGGAGGAGAAGAAAAGGAAAGGAUAGGGGUCAAGGCUCAAGCAUCCUGACAAUGUCACACAGAGUGCCACGCCUAUACACCUCCACCAUUCUGGCAGAUUUACCAGGGGCUGUUGUAAAUAACACUGGUCCUCAGGACAACUAUGCUUAA